CCUUAUCACGCGCUGUUCCUAAUUCGUGAACUCCUCCUCGGGCCUCGAUUGAGUCGUUCAGCUUUGGAGGGACAUUCUUUGAGCUCCAGCGUUCAUUCACCAGAUAAUUCUGAUUCACCAGACCCUCGGCCGUUGUCUUGGGUCAUAUCUCACCAGAAGAAGGACAAAGUUGCCACCGUGGCGCCUUUUGAACUUCUGAAACGAAAUUACGAACGAAUGAAGAGGCGUCGUUCGCUUCCGCUCCCUUCGGGUAGUGGUGAGUCUUGGACGAGGGGGAGACAGAAUGACGCCUCACAUGAGCCUCGUAGUCGCGUUCAACAACCUCAAUCGGAAUAUCUUGGCGCCGAGAAACCGACUCGUCUCCUCUCUGUUGGGGCGGAUUCAUAG